AUUUUGCUUUUUGGGCCGCUCGUGCUGUGACGUCACUACGGAUGCUCCGCGGACUGUUGGUUCAUCAGUCUGAGGAAGAAAGCGAGGUUUGGUCCUGUAGUCCUCCAUGCCACACAGCAAAUCAUACAACACAAUAUGGAGUGAAGCUACUCCCACAGCAGUUCACCAAUAAAUGUUGGAAGCAUUCCCAUCAAAGGAGCCAAAUUGGUACAAGCCAGCUGUAACAACGCAUUCUACGUGACACUGUCGUAAAGAUGGAAUUUGUCGAAGAGAGUGGAGACAUCAGUGAUGCUGAAUCAUGCAGAAUGAAUGAUGAAGAUGUGGAGGAACAACGAGAACUGAUGGAAUCGAACGAGGAAAAUCGGACACAGAAUGAAAUGGAGAAUCGAGAAUCUCCCAAUUUCAAAUAUGGAGAAAUCACUAUUUCUUUACAAACAGAUGGGGGUUUCAAUCAAGAAGCCACAAAUUCUUUCACAUGCCACCAUUGUGGAAAGACUUUCUCCCGAAAAGGACAUCUGAAGUAUCACAUAAGAGUCCACACCGGUGAGAGGCCUUACAAAUGCUCUCGGUGUGAGAAGACUUUCACACAAAAAGGCCACCUUGGGGCUCAUAUAAUAACUCACACUGGUGAGAGGCCAUUCACAUGCCCUCAGUGUGGAAAGGGUUUCAUGAGUAAAGGAAACCUUAACGUUCACAUUAAAAUUCACACCCGAGAUAGGCCUUUUAUGUGCCCGCAGUGUGGAAAGACUUACACGUGUAAAGGACACCUUAAGGACCACUUACAAAGUCACAAUGGGGAGAGGCCUUUUACAUGCCCUCAAUGUGGAAAGAGUUUCACACGGAAAGGAAACCUUAAUAUUCACAUUAGAACUCACACCAAAGAGAGGCUUUACACAUGCCCCCAGUGUGGAAAGAGUUUCAUAUCUAAAGGACACCUUAAGGAACACAUAGGAAUUCACACUGGUGAGAGGCCUUUUGCAUGUCCUCAAUGUGGAAAGUGUUUCACACGUAAAGGAAGUCUUAAUAUUCACAUAAAAGGUCACACUAGAGAGUGUCUUUACAAUUGCCCUCAGUGUGGAAAGACUUUCCAAACUAAAGGACAUCUUGAUGGUCACAUAAGAAUUCACACUGGAGAGAAGCCAUUCACAUGCCCUCAAUGUGAGAGAAGCUUCACUCAACGAAGACAUCUGAAGCAUCAUAUAAAAAUUCACACAGGUUGAGAGGCCUUUCUCAUGCCAUCUUUGUGGUAAAGGUUUCACACAGGGGCAAAUUCUCAAAUUUCACCUGCAGUUUCACUCUGGAGAAAAGCCAUUUGGCUGUGAUGAGUGGUAAAAUAUUUGUUUUGGAGUCGCUGCUGAAAAAGCUGAAAACGCAUUCAAAUUAGCAGCCUUAUUCAUGCUCUGUUUGCGGGAAAAGUUGAAGCGGCACAAAAGAAUCCAUACUGGAGAAAAACCUUUUCAAGUGCUCACAUUGUGGAAAGGGGUUCACUGAGUCUGGAAACCUGACAAAACAUGAAAGAGUCAACAGAGAGAAGACGUACCACUGCCUUUCAUGUGGGAGGAGAUUUAGACAAUCAGGUAGUCUACUGGCUCAUAUAGAAAAGCACUGUCCGCAAGUGGUCACAGUGACCAACCUUCAGGAUUCUGUUCCAAGAACGUUGUGUAAAAUUUGUACCCGACAAUGGAAUCCGUCAAACAGUAGGAUUAAGGCCUGUUCACACCAAUUCAGAUGUUUGGUGCGAUAAACAUUUUAAUUAGAAUGAACGGCUGUUAAUGCAUCUGUUCAGACCAACAUGAACAUUCCCAGGCUGUCAACGCAACGUUUUUUAUGGAGAGGUGUUCUAAUCUUUUUCAUUGUACUGCGAAGAAGCUGGUGAAGAAACCUCCCUUUAUUGCUUCACCCCCAAAAUAACAAGCACGCUAUGGAACAGUUGCCUGUGUUCACAAGUAUCAGCUGAGAUUCAACAACAGCAUAUCUUGGUUCUGUGAAACAGCAAAAACCAAUGUUACUCGCGUAUCGAGUAGAAACAAAGCAACCUCAGCAUUUCCCACUCUCUAACGUCUCUCCAGCACUGGAAAGCUUUUCCAAUAUUAACAUGGGUCCUAGCUCUUGCUUGAUCGAAACCCUUCUUUUUCAAAUUAUAUUCCUCUGACCUUUACUCUUUGGUAAUAUCUCACCCAUCUCUCUUUCUAAAGUCUUUCUACAAAUGUCCUGCUUGCUCACUCUUUCUCCUCCCCCAUCAUGAAUGGACACAACCCCUAUUUGUGCAUCAUGAGCAUUUACUUCCCAUAUUUGAGCAUCAUGAGUUUUACGGCCCCUAUUUGAGCAUCAUGAGUGGAUACACCCCAAUUUCAGCAUCAUGAGCGUUUACGUCCCCUAUUUGAGCAUAAUGAGCGUGUACACACCCACUAUUUGAGCAUCGUGAGUGGAUACUCCCCCUAUUUGAGCAUCAUGAGCGUAUACACCCCAUUUGAGCAUAAUGAGCGUGUACACACCCACUAUUUGAGCAUCGUGAGUGGAUACUCCCCCUAUUUGAGCAUCAUGAGCGUAUACACCCCCUAUUUGGGCAUCAUGAGCUGAUACGCCCCUAUUUGAGCAUCAUGAGUGGAUACGUCCCCUUUUGAUGAUUGGCUACAAGAAUGUUUUGGUGAAACUUGAAUUUGUUUUUUCUCCGAUUUACACUGCCAGGACUAUGUACAAAUACAAUAUUUUUUUCAGCACACACACACACAACAGACAUCUAGCAAAUAUUCACAAAAUUGUUUGUUUAGGAGUUGAUUUAAAUUUUAAAUCACGUUUCUUGGAAAUUGCUUUCUGCACAUUUAAGAUUUCUGCAUUUUUGGUCACAGUCCCAGAGCAACUGCUGUUUUUUUUUUUUUUUGUUUGUUUGUUUGUUUUGAUGUAUUUGUUUCAGUGCCAUGUACAUAAUUGUCCAAAUAAAACACAGUCCUUGAAAUGUGAA